AUGGAUUCUCUCAGCACAACAAAUGUUGAAUUUUGCCUUGAUGUUUUCAAAGAGCUGAACAAUAACCAUGCUGAAGAUAAUAUCUUCUUUUCCCCACUGAGUUUGCUUUAUGCUCUAAGUAUGAUACUCCUUGGUGCCAGAGGAAACAGUGCAGAACAGAUGGAAAAGGUGCUUCACUUUAAUCAUAUUGCAGAAUCAUUAAAGCCAAAGUUUAAGGACUCAGCUAAGUGCAGCCAAACUGGAAGGAUUCACUCAGAGUUUGGAGCCCUAUUAUCUCAAAUCAACCAGCCAGACUCUAACUAUACCCUAAGCAUCGCUAACAGACUCUAUGGGACACAGACGAUGCCAUUCUAUCAGCAAUAUUUAAGUUGUUCUGAGAAACUGUAUCAAGCCAGGCUUCAAGUUGUUGAUUUUCAAAAGUCUACGGAAGAAACCAGGCAAACUAUUAAUGCUUGGGUUGAAAGCAAAACUAAUGGAAAAAUUACAAACCUUUUUGGAAAGGGCACAAUUGACCCUUCUUCUGUGAUGGUCCUGGUGAAUGCCAUAUAUUUCAAAGGACAAUGGCAAAAUAAAUUUCAGGAAAGAGAGACAAUUAAAACCCCUUUUCAGCUAAGUGAGGGUAAGAGCGUAAUUGUGGAAAUGAUGUAUCAAACGGGAAGGUUUAAACUGGCCUUCAUAAAGGAGCCGCAGAUGCAAGUGCUUGAGUUGCCCUACGUGCAGGACAAACUAAGCAUGAUCAUCCUGCUUCCCACGGGCAGGGUGACUCUAGAACAGAUAGAGAAGACGCUGAAUGUGAAGACAUUUCACAAAUGGACCAGCUCCUCCAACAUGAAGGAAAGGGAUGUCGAAGUCCAUUUGCCCCGAUUCAAACUGGAGAUCAAGUAUGAGCUGAAUUCCCUGCUAAAAUCUCUCGGAAUGACAGAUGUCUUCCACCAGAGUAAAGCUGAUCUGUCUGGAAUGUCACCAGCCAAGGGGCUGUAUGUAUCAAAGGUCAUCCACAAGUCAUAUGUGGAUGUCAACGAAGAGGGCACAGAGGCAGCAGCAGCCACUGGGGACAACUUUGUCAUUAAACGACUCCCCAUCCGAGUUCAGUUCAUGGCAAACCAUCCUUUCCUGUUCUUCAUAAGGCACACAGGCACCAACACCAUUCUUUUCUGUGGCAAACUUGCCUCUCCCUAA